AUUCCCCCAAAUCGAACGCAGACACACACCCACCCAUCCCCCCCGAACGCAUAAAUAUACUGAUCCCCAAUCGAAACGGGCAGCCGAAACCCUAGCCCUAGCAAUCCAGAGCGGAUGGCGCGUCCGAGAGGCAGGAAGCGUGCGGCGGCGGCGGCGGUGGAGGAGGAGGACUCCAGCAAGCCGGAGGCUGCAGCGGCGGAGGCUGCGGCGAAGAAACCGGCGGGGCGGGGGCGGGGGCGGGGGCGGGGGAAGCGUGCCAAGGCGUCGCCCAAGCCGGAGGAGUACUUCCCCGAGAAGCGGAAUCUGGAGGAUCUUUGGCUUGCAGCAUUUCCUAUUGGAACCGAGUGGGAAAAUAUUGACAAGAUAAAAGAGUUCAACUGGAGCUUUGAAAAUUUGGAGAAAGCCCUAGAAGAAGGGGGGGAGCUUUAUGGGAAAACAGUUUACUUGUUUGGAAGCACUGAACCCCAAUUAUUGGAUGUUAAUGGCGAAUCAAAGAUCGUGCUUAUUCCUAUUGUUGUUGCUGUUGACUGUCCAUUUCCUCCCUCAGAUAAAAUUGGUAUAAAUUCUGUCCAAAGGGAAAAUGAAGAGAUAGUGCCAAUGAAGGCAAUGAAGAUGGCUUGGGUGCCUUAUGUUCCACUUGAGAACCGGCUUAGUAGGAUCGACAGUUUGAAAACAAAAAUAUUUACUCUUGGCUGCACUCAACGGAGGUCUGCGCUGAGGCAUCUAAAAACCGAGCGAGUCAAGCUGUUUGACUACUGCAUGCCAUACUAUAUGCCACUGAACCCUCCCGAAGAUGAAGAUGAUACAGUUGUCAAUAUCAUAUAUCCUCUAGAACCACCGAUAGUAUGUGACUUUGACUGGGAGAUGGAUGAUUAUGAGGACUUUGCUGAUGAGAAAAUUAAAGAUGAGGUGCUACCGGAGGAUGAGAAAGACAAAUUCAAGGAUUUCCUAAAGGAGAAGGUUAGAGAGAGGAAAAGAGAGCUGAAGCAGGCCAAGGAGGUCAGAAAGAAAGCCAUUGAUGAUAUGGACCCUAAGACCAAAGAGGCAUUUGAAAAUAUCCAAUUUUACAAAUUUUAUCCUGUAAAAACUCCCGACACCCCUGAUGUAAGCAACGUAAAGGCGAAGUAUAUCAAUAGAUAUUACAGGCAUGCACAUCAUCUGAUGUAAAUGCAUCCAACCUUUCAUUUUCAAUGAGCACAUCAAGAACUGAGCUUUAUCCUACUUGGAGAGCUGGCACCAAAAUUUUGAAAGCCGCGGCAGAGAUAUGCCUGGUGAAGCUUAUUGCACCUGAACUCUGAACUCUGUUGUACUGCAGUUUUCGUCGGACCCUGCCAUUGCUUAGUAUCACUUCCUCCGGCAUUAUUUUUGUUGUGCGCAGUGUAACAUUCUUGGAAUAGAUUAUGUAACAAUCAGGCGGUAUAUCUUGUAAGAGCAAAACAAUUUCUUUAGGAGAAAUAUUUAUUCCUUUCACCGUCCAGUGAAAGUUGCUUGGGUUCACAACCCUGAAUAUGAUUGUCUCAACCGAUUUUGUUUUGAAUGAGUUACUGUUUGUAGCACCGGUGUGCAGUGCGACGAAACACCUGGUACACUCUUACAUGGUGUAUUUGGUUGUUGGAUACUUGCAUAGUUCGUCCUAAUCCGCCCCUGGCUAUACGAGUAUUCUGUUUGAUUGGAUGUAUGUGAAAUGAUGUGGUCCACAGUAUUGUUGUAAAUUGGAGAAAAAGCAUCUUGAA